GCAUACCUCACUAAGUAAACAAAAGAAUGAAGAAGAUUCCACAUAUAUACUUUGAAACCGUGUCACCCUUUUGCUGGUUGAUGAAGAAAUGGCAGAGAUUGUUCUUGCAGAACCAAUUCAUUUUGAACAAGGAGAGUCAUCAACAUCUAGACAAAACCAACAUCAUCAAUAUGAACAUGAAUAUGAACAUGAAUAUGAAUAUGAUAAUAGUAUGGCUAUUACUACCAAUAGUGUUAGCAGCAGCAGCAAUGAUGAACACCUUCAACCAGGUCCCUUUGAUAGUGAAAGGUUGCCACCUGUUUUUGAUUCUGAAAUUCAAAGAUUCCUUCGUGUUGCUAAUUUGCUCGAAAGGGAGGAGCCUCGUGUUGCUUACCUUUGUCGAGUUCACGCCUUUGUAAUUGCACACAACAUGGACAAGAAUUCAAGUGGAAGAGGUGUUAGACAAUUCAAAACUACACUCCUUCAUAGACUUGAGAAGGAUGAGAAUGCUACAAAAAGAGGUGGAAUAGGCGAUAUCCGUGAACUUAAGCGAGUUUACCAUGUCUACCGGGAUUAUUUUACUCGAAAUAAUAAAGCAUUUGAUUUAGAACAAAGUCGAAGGGAGAAAUUGAUAAAUGCAAGAUUUAUUGCUUCUGUUCUGUUUGAGGUGCUAAAAACAGUUACAAACACACCUAGUAAUCAGGCUCUUACCGAUGGAAAUGCAAUCCACAAAAAAACUGAGUUUAACAUUCUUCCACUUGAGCAAGGGGGAAUUCAGCAUGCAAUCAUGCAGCAGCCUGAGAUUAAGGCUGCCAUUGCAGUUAUUCGCAAUAUUCGAGGUUUACCCCCAGCCCAAGAUUUCAAGAAACAUGGAGCCUUUGUUGAUCUGUUUGAUUUUCUUCAGCAUUGUUUUGGAUUCCAGGAAGCCAAUGUGGCAAACCAAAGGGAACAUCUGAUUCUACUGCUAGCCAACAUGCAGACUAGGCAGCAAACUCACAACCAGAAAUCUGUUCUGAAGUUAGGAGAAGGAGGUGUGGAUGAAUUGAUGAGAAAGUUCUUCAAAAAUUAUACAAAUUGGUGCAAGUUUUUGGAAAGAAAAAGCAAUAUCCGCUUACCUUUUGUGAAACAAGAAGCACAACAAUAUAAAAUUUUGUACAUUGGUCUUUACCUGCUCAUAUGGGGGGAGGCUGCUAAUUUGAGGUUCAUGCCAGAAUGUCUUUGCUAUAUCUUUCACCAUAUGUCAUAUGAAAUGCAUGGAGUUUUAAGUGGUGCUAUCAGCUUAACAACAUGGGAAAGGGUCAUACCCGCAUAUGGAGGAGAACCAGAAUCUUUCCUUAAUAAUGUUGUCACACCUAUAUACGAUGUUAUAAAAAAGGAAGUUGAAAAUAGCAAAGGUGGGACAACGGACCAUUCUGCAUGGAGAAACUAUGAUGAUCUGAAUGAAUACUUCUGGUCUCCUGAUUGUUUUGGAAUCGGUUGGCCGAUGCGUGAUCAGGACCACGAUUUUUUCUUUGUAAAAACCAAAGAUAAACCUGAUUUCAAGAAUGCUCUUGUUGUAUCACAUGCUCAAAAGAAAGAAAAGAAAAAGAAGAAAAAGAAAGAAACGAAGGUUGACGAAGAACCACAGGAAACUGUGGAGGAAGAUCAAGAAAACAACGAAAAUGAGGAAAAGAGAGAACGGCAAUGGCUAGGAAAGACAAAUUUCGUUGAGAUUCGUUCAUUUUGGCAAAUUUUUAGAAGCUUUGAUCGAAUGUGGAGUUUUUAUAUUAUAUCCCUUCAGGCCAUAAUAAUCAUUGCCUGCCAUGACUUGGGAUCUCCACUUCAGUUGUUUGAUGCCACAGUAUUUGAGGACAUCAUCAGUAUCUUUAUUACUUCAGCCAUUCUUAAAUUUAUUCAAGCAAUUUCAGACAUCGCAUUUACGUGGAAAGCCAGAUACACCAUGGAACAUUCACAAAAAGUGAAACUUUUGGUGAAGCUGGGAUUUGCCAUGAUGUGGAAUAUUAUUCUUCCUGUGUGCUAUGCUAAUUCAAGAAGAAAAUAUACUUGUUAUUCCACCAAGUAUGGAAGUUUGGUUGAAGAAUGGUGCUUUACUUCCUAUAUGGUUGCUGCUGCGAUAUACUUGACAAGUAAUGCAGCUGAAGUUGUGUUAUUUUUUGUACCUGCUAUGGGAAAAUAUAUUGAGGUAUCUAAUAACAAGAUAUGCAAAGUUUUGGCUUGGUGGAUUCAGCCAAGAAUCUAUGUUGGCCGAGGGAUGCAAGAAGACCAGCUUUCUGUUAUAAAGUACACAUUAUUUUGGAUAUUGGUGUUGUCAUGUAAAUUUGUGUUCAGCUACAGUUUUGAGAUAAAACCACUCAUAGAACCAACUAGACGAAUUAUGAAAAUUGGUGUAAGAAAGUAUGAAUGGCAUGAGCUUUUUCCAAGAGUCAAGAAUAAUGCUGGUGCAAUUGUGGCUGUGUGGAGCCCUGUAGUAAUGAUAUAUUUUAUGGACACACAAAUUUGGUAUUCUGUUUUCUGUACAAUAGUUGGUGGAAUUUAUGGAGUUUUGCAUCACCUUGGUGAGAUACGGACACAAGGAAUGCUAAGAAGUAGAUUUGACAACUUGCCAGCAGCAUUUGACGUCUGUCUGAAUCCGCCAUCUUCCAAACGCGGUAAAAAGAGAAGAAAAGGUUUCCUCAGCAAUAUAUUUCAAAAGCUUCCUGAUGAAAAAAAUGCUCUUGCAAAAUUUGUGGUAAUAUGGAAUCAAAUUAUAAGCCAUCUUCGUCUUGAAGACUUAAUUAGUAACAGAGAAAUGGAUUUAAUGAUGAUGCCUGUAUCUUCAGAAUUAUUUUCUCGCAAGGUUCUUUGGCCUGUUUUCCUCUUGGCAAACAAGUUUUCUACAGCUUUGACCAUUGCUAAAGAUUUUGAAGGAAAGGAAGAAGCUCUUGUCAAAAAAAUUACAAAAGACAAAUACAUGUUUUAUGCCGUAAGAGAGUGCUACCAGUCACUGAAAUUUGUUCUUGAGAUUCUUAUUGUUGGUAGCCAGGAGAAAAGGAUUAUACGUGAUAUACUAAGCGAAAUCGAAAACAGUAUCGAAGAAACAACUCUUCUUAAGAACUUCAACAUGAAAGUUCUCCCAUCUCUACAUGUUAAGGUCAUUGAGCUAGCUGAACUUCUGAUUGAGGGAGGUAAAGACAAUCGGCACAGAGUUGCGAAAACUUUACUCGAUAUGUUUGAACUAGUAACAAACGAUAUGAUGGAUGACUCGAGAACAUUGGAUACAUCACACUUUCCAGAAGAAAAUGAAUGUGGCUUUGUCUAUUUUAGAGAUGAUAAUCAACUAUUUGCCACUGAGGAAAUUGAUAGUGAAUCCUUUCCAUUUUCCAAUGAAAGUUGUGUCCAUUUUCCCUUGCCAGAAGGCCCUUUGAUGGAAAAGAUCAAGCGAUUUCAUUUAUUAGUUACCGUCAAGGAGACUGCAAUGGACAUACCUGCAAACUUAGAUGCUCGUCGGCGCAUAUCAUUCUUUGCUACUUCUCUGUUUACAGAUAUGCCAGAUGCUCCAAAAGUGCAUAGUAUGGUGCCAUUUAGUGUUAUAACCCCACACUACAUGGAGGACAUCAACUUUUCAAUGAAGGAGCUUGGUUCCGAAAGAGAGGAGGACUCCAUCAUCUUUUACAUGCAAAAGAUAUAUCCAGAUGAAUGGAAAAACUUUUUGGAACGUAUGUGUUGCGAAGACCGUAGGAGUUUAGAAGAUGAAAACAAAUCAGAAGAGCUUAGAUUGUGGGCUUCAUUCCGGGGACAGACACUAGGAAGAACAGUUAGAGGGAUGAUGUACUACACAGAAGCGUUAAAAUUACAAGCAUUUCUUGACAUGGCAGAAGAUGAAGAUAUUCUUGAAGGUUAUGAGACGGCAGAAAAGGGUAAUCGUGCUUUAUUUGCUCGCCUAGAAGCACUAGCAGACAUGAAAUACACCUAUGUCAUUUCCUGUCAAUCAUUUGCAUUACAAAAGUCUAUGAAUGAUCCGCGUUACAAAGAUACAAUUGACUUAAUGAUAAGGUAUCCGUCUCUUCGUGUUUCUUAUGUGGAGGAAAAGGAGGAGAUAAUGCAGGGUAGACCUCACAAAGUGUAUUAUUCGAAACUGGUUAAGGCUGUCAAUGGUUUUGAGCAGACAGUAUAUCAAAUAAAACUUCCAGGUCCACCACAGCUUGGAGAAGGGAAGCCUGAAAAUCAAAACAAUGCAAUAAUAUACACUCGUGGCGAAGCCCUCCAAACAAUUGAUAUGAACCAGGAUAAUUACUUGGAAGAAGCUCUAAAAAUGAGAAACCUUCUCCAAGAAUUUCUUAAGCGCCAAGGACGGAGGCCUCCUACAAUACUUGGUUUAAGAGAACAUAUUUUCACAGGAAGUGUGUCUUCUCUGGCAUGGUUCAUGUCAUAUCAGGAGACCAGCUUUGUCACAAUUGGUCAAAGGCUUCUGGCUAAUCCUCUCAGGGUGCGGUUCCACUAUGGCCAUCCUGAUGUAUUUGACAGAGUUUUUCAUAUUACAAGAGGAGGAAUAAGCAAAGCGUCUAAAACAAUUAAUUUGAGUGAAGACGUUUUCGCUGGAUUUAAUUCUACUUUAAGAAGGGGGUGUAUUACAUAUCAUGAAUACUUGCAAAUUGGCAAAGGUCGCGAUGUAAGUCUAAACUCGAUCUCAAAAUUUGAAGCCAAGGUAGCAAAUGGAAACAGUGAACAAACUAUAAGCCGUGACAUAUUCCGCCUUGCAAGACAAUUCGAUUUUUUUAGGAUGCUAUCUUGUUAUUUCACUACUAUUGGAUUUUACUUCAGCAGCUUGAUAUCAGUAAUAGGAAUAUAUGUAUUUCUCUACGGACAGUUAUACCUUGUUCUUAGCGGCUUAGAGAGAGCACUUAUCAUUGAAGCAAGAAUCAAGAAUGUACAGUCCUUAGAAACAGCUCUUGCUUCUCAAUCAUUCAUACAACUUGGACUUCUAACAGGCUUACCGAUGAUGAUGGAAAUAGGCCUCGAGAGAGGUUUCCUAACAGCCCUCAAAGAUUUUAUCCUCAUGCAGUUACAGCUUGCAGCUGUUUUCUUCACAUUCUCCCUUGGAACAAAAACACAUUACUAUGGCAGAACAAUUUUGCACGGAGGCGCGAAAUACAGACCAACCGGACGCAAAGUUGUCUUCCACGCUAGCUUCACUGAAAACUAUAGAUUAUACUCGAGAAGUCACUUUGUAAAAGCGUUUGAGCUAAUGCUGCUUUUGGUUGUUUAUAACAUGUUCAGAAAAUCUUAUCAAAGUAACAUGACAUAUGUGUUGAUAACUUACGCGAUUUGGUUCAUGUCUUUGACUUGGUUGUGUGCGCCUUUUCUUUUCAACCCUGCCGGAUUCAGUUGGACUAAGGCGGUAGAUGAUUGGAAAGAGUGGAAUAAAUGGAUCAGACAACAGGGUGGAUUGGGAAUCCAUCAGGAUAAAAGUUGGCAUUCUUGGUGGUAUGACGAACAAACUCAUCUUCGACAUUCAAGUCUUGGUUCGAGGUUUGCUGAAAUAUUACUUUCGCUUCGUUUCUUCAUCUAUCAGUAUGGUUUGGUCUAUCACCUUGACAUUACUCAGCAAAGCAAAAACUUGCUGGUUUAUGUUUUUUCAUGGGUUGUGAUUUUUGGAAUUUUCGUCUUGGUAAAGGCUGUCAACAUAGGAAGGAACCUACUUAGUGCUAAUUAUCAACUUGGAUUCAGAUUUUUCAAAGCAAUCUUAUUUGUUGCCGUUGUUGCUCUCAUCAUUACUCUUUCAAUCAUAUGUCAGCUGUCAGUGUCAGACCUUUUUGUUUGUUGUAUGGCAUUCAUGCCAACUGCAUGGGGACUGAUACAGAUUGCACAAGCAGCAAGGCCAAAAAUAGAGCAUACAGGAUUAUGGGACUUUACACGUGCACUUGCUAGAGAAUUUGACUAUGGAAUGGGGAUAGUACUUUUUGCACCUAUAGCUAUUUUGGCAUGGCUACCAAUUAUUAAAGCCUUCCAUGCUCGUAUUCUUUUCAAUGAGGCAUUCAAAAGACACUUGCAAAUUCAACCACUUCUCUCAGUCAAGAAGAAGAAGCAUAGACCUUGAUCUCAUAUGUAGCAUGAUUCUUGUGCUUGUUUUUUGUAAAGAAAAAUGAAAAUAUAAUAGUAAUUAAUGUUUUAACAUUCUAUAGGAGGAUUUUAGGAACUAGAUAAAACUCAUUAUGUAUAGAUAGCUGCAUUCUUGUGAGUAUAUACAUACAUAGUCAUAGAUGUAACAUAGAGGGAAUUAUUGUUUCUAGAUAUGUCGUUGAAUAAGACAAGGAAGAAGAAUGAAAACAAGUUUUGCUUCA